CGACCGCACCGUCGGAUGUCUGAUUACGAGAAAUUCGGUGGUCCCCGACGGUUCCCACGGUCCGCGGGAAUUGGUCGACAAUUUUGGCCGGAUGAGACCCUCUCGCGAUUUUUCUUUAUAAUUCAAGACAAAUUCGAUGUGCGAAGAGUACCUUCGGAGAGAAGAGGAGCGGCGAGUUUCGAUGUUCGCGGAUAAUUCUCGAGCGAAUCCGAUCGGUAGCAGACAACAUACGAAACGCCGGAGAAGCGAGGAACGGUGUCUCGGGGAUCUCUAAAUUUUCGUUGCAUAUAUGAUUCGUCGCGAGAGCAAGCGAUGGCCGCGAAAAAAUCUCAGAAGAUCGAGGCCCAGGUGGUCGAUGCUAUACGCAGGCUGCAGGCUGUCCAAGGAUCGACAGCCCGAGACAUCAGCAACUACAUCAGCCAGGAAUAUGACCUGCCCAGCACGGAGAUUAAGCGACAGGUCCAGGUCGCUUUGAAGCGCGGCGUCGCUUAUGGCAUUUUGCAGAAACUGAAGGGGGGCAGCUACACGUACAACUUGGACUUCCUGGAGAGACAUCCGCUAGCAAGGGCGGAAACCGGCGUGGACGCGCCGGCUCAUCGUCGCAGAAGCAGCAGAAGGAAGCAUUCGCGAAGACGAUCGAGAAGGCGGCGGGGUCGCAGACGAUCUCGUCGUCGAUCCGGCAGAAGGAGGUCCGGCCGCAGACGUAGCAGGCGAAGAAGGAGGGCCGAGGUGCCGCAGGACAUCGACACCAUGGACGUGAACACGGUGGCCAAACAACCGAAGAGAAGCAACAGCCUCUUGAGAAACGAGAACCCGCGGAGCGACGGGUCCAGCGUUUCCGGCGCGUCCGAGGGCAAGCAGGAAGAAUGAUCCUCCAAGAUAAGAUAGAAACCCGCGAUCGAUCCCGCCGAGACACAGUGCAAAGAUUUGCGCAAGAGAACACCCGGCGACGAGACACCAGCUGAUAUAGAUGGAAGACGCUGCCGAGGAUCGAAGAAAAUCGCUGAACGAGAACAUUGCAAAGGGCGACCAAAUUUUGGGCUAAUUACGUGACUUAAUCGAAUUCCACGUGUACACGCAGUUUUUCCGACAUGUCGUUUUAUUUUUAUACGGAUAUAUUGUGACAAUAAAUUUUGACGAGAGUUUAGUCUGUAAACGCCA